CACCAGCUCAACCCAGGAAGCGCUCGGCAGGGAGCUGCCUGCGCGGCGAGGACGGUCGGUGAGGAGGCAGCCUCUCACCGGCUGAGGUGGUGGUGUCGGCGGCCUGCGGGGAGGGGGGGGGCCCCCACAUGGAGCACCCGCGAGCGACCCCGGGCGGGGUGAAGGGGAGAGCCGGCGCCCAUGGCCGGCGGGGGCAGCGCCAGGGACCCGCCGAGGCAGCGGGCACAAACUCGCGGCGCAAUGAGCGGGAGCGGAACCGGGUGAAGCUGGUCAACCUGGGCUUCAGCAACCUGCGACGGUACGUGCCCCAGUGCGGGGCGGGCAAGCGGAUGAGCAAGGUGGACACUCUGCGCUCUGCCGUCGACUACAUCCGCAAGCUGGAGGUGCUCCUGCAGGACCAGGAUCCCUCGGCCGACGGGGGCUCCACCACUGGCUCCCCCAACUCCACCUGCUCCUCCGAAGAUGCCUCUUGGGACUCCAUCUGCUCCGAGCAGGACUUUGAAGCCUGCAAGGCGUGGUUGGGCAUAGAAUGAUGAGGUCUUCAAGUUGCUUGGUCCAAUAUUUCUCAGAUGGGAGUGGCUGUGUUGUUUCCUCCCUCCGAUCUUGUGUGUCUUCUGAUGAAAGAAAUCUCCACUUCUCGAGGACUAGGUCAACAAAAACAGGACUUUCAUCUCUCAACAAGUUUCUGCUUUGGAACUGUAACUGUCACCAUCAGCAAAUGUCUCUCCGAGGCAGGCAUAUUACAAAAGACGUUAUUUAUGAUGUAAAUAUUGUAAAUGUAGAAGUUCUGUCGAGGCAAGUUGGAGGGAGAGGCAUGCAGUUGUAUUAUUGGGAAGUGAUGUGGGGGGAGGAUUGCACUGGAGGUUUAACUGAUUUUCAAUAGCCAGAGACUCUUUCCACUGAUAACCCUGUCUCUUUGCCAAGAUUCUAAAUGGACUUUCUUCAAGUCAAAUCCCUUUGCCAACCGUCUUCCACGUUCCUCAGUAAGUGGCCCGUUGCUUAUUUGGAGAAAUCUGCCAAGUGUUCAUCUUGAAGUUACCUUUUCAAAGGACCCUAUUGAUGCCUUGUGACGUCACCUACUCAACAGGCUUUGAGCCAACAGUCACUUUGAGAUAUUAUUUAAGACUCUACAAACAGUGGAGAUAUUUACUUCAGGUGCUGUUUGAUGUCUAACUUACAUGAAAAGAGUUGAUGUUUUGACAUAUAUACCCAAAGGGCUUCACUUCUAAUGUUUACAAUGGAUAAACAUUUGUGUAUAGAAUGAUUACACCAAUGGCAAUGGACCAUUAAAUUGCGCUUAGAGUCACAGAAUAAUACAGGCCCUUCGGUCCAUCGGGUUAAUGCUGAUUAUCAAACACCCAUUGGCACUAACUGGUAAUUCACAGCAGACAAUUAAUGCUUGCCUUUAGGAUGUGAGAGGAGAUUGGAGCACCUGAAGGGACUCAUAUGGUUGCAGGGAGAGCGUGCAAACUCCGUAAAGACAGCACUGGAGAUCAGGAUCGAACCGGGUCACCAGACUAUUUGUUAGGGGUUGUCGACCGACAAGAUAUUUCUCGGUGUUUUUUUUCUUUUGCUUCUUAUUUUCCCAGGAGAUCAUUGCCAUCCAUCUGAAAGAGGAGGGUGGGACGUUUAAUAGCUGGCUGAACCUCAGACAGCGCAGUGUUCCCCUUUUGUGAUCUCCGGUGGUAGGGUGGAGUUUGAGCCCUAUGAGGGGGUGCUGUCAUAUUCCGGGUGAAAUCAAUCCAUUGAUGUUUAAAAUUAGAUUCUGUUUAUUGAUAGGCAAAGCAACAUUAAAUUCAAGUCUAUUGUCAUCCAACCAUACACAUGUAUACCACCAAAAGAAACAACAUUCCUCCGGACAAAGGUGCACAACACAGUAAGUAUAACACACACACAACGCAUAAAGUAAUAUUUGUAUGUUCUUCAUGUGACAUGUCAUAUGACAAGGGCGAUCAUGGUCUUUCCACGACCAUGAUUGUUCUUGGAAAACAUUUCUACAGAAGUGGUUUGCCAUUGCCUUCUUCUAUCACAUGUUGAAAGGUCUUGAUAGAGUGGAUGUGGAGCGGAUGUUUCCUAAGGUGCAGGAAGUCUUAGACCAAAGGGCACAGCCUCAGAAUAGAGGGACGUCCAUUUAGAACAGAGAUGAGCAGCAAUUUCUUCAGCCAGAGAGUGGUGAAUCUGUGGAAUUUGUUGCACAGGUAGCUGUGGAGGUCAAGUCAUUGGGUGUACUUAAGGCAGAGGUUGGUAGAUUCUUGAUUAGUCAGUGUAUGAAGGAUACGGGGAGAAGGCAAGAGAUUGGGGUUGAGAGGGAAAAUGGAUCAGCCAUGAUGAAAUGGUAGAGCAGACUCAAUGGGCAAAAUGACCAAAUCCUGCUCCUAUAUCUUAUGGUUUUAUGGUCUUCUUCUGGGCAGUGUCAUUACAAGUAGGUGACCUCAGCUAUUAUCAAUACUCUUCAGAGAUUGUCUGUCUGAUGUCAGUGGUCGCAUGACCAGCUCCCAUUGCUUCACAUGGCCCUGUUCCGGGGGCUAAGCAGGUGCUACACCUUGCCCGAAGGUGACCUGCAGGCUAGAGGAGGGAAGGAGCACCUUACACCUCCUUUGGUAGAGACGUAUCUCCACCCUGCCACCCAAAAGUAAUGUGACCACAAAUAAAUUAACAACUUAUAAAAUAUAUUCUGGAAGACUGACAUUUAGAAUAAGGUCCAUAUACAAGUUAAAAAGUACACAGUAUAACACUGCUGGUGCUUCAUACGUGAUGAGACAUGGCUGGUGAUGAGGGUUUAGUAAUCUCACAGCCUGGUGGGAGAUGCCAUCAUAACAGUCCUUUUCCUAAUGCUGUGGUACCUCAAACCUGAUAUUAAGGUGUGGGGGGGGGGAGGUCAUGGAGGUUGUUGGACAGAUGGGAGUUGUAGCAUCCUGAUGAUAGCUGGUGGAUUUUCCGGAUAAUGGGAUCUAUUAACACACAAUACAGACCUGAUUCUCUGUAUUGGCCAACCCCUUGUACAGUGCACACAACUGACCACAGAAAUGUUGAUGAACUUCACAACCGUAACAUCGACUUUGGAUGAUGGAGACAGACAGAAGUCAUCAAUGGCCUAUUGUACACUAGGGGCUCAGGGCCCGAAAAGAGGAAGAGGAAUCCCGAUUCACUUCUUGUUUAGAUGUGGUAACAGAUUUUCUAGUGAACCUGGCGAACCUAAAGGGAAUUUGCAAAAUGGAGGAAUAUGAGUUUCAAGGGAGCUGAGCGAAAAUCAGCCGGUCAGCCAAAUACCGAGUAAUUCUCAAGACAGGUCCAGUUUCAAAGUUCAAAGUUCAAAGUAAAUUAGUUAUCAAAGUGUAUAUGUCACCAGAUACAACCCUGAGAUUCCUUUCCUUGCAGGCAUUCACAGUAGAACGAAGAAAUACAAUAGAAUCAAUGAAAAAGUACACACAAAGACUGACAAACAAUGUGUAAAAUAAGCAAACUGUGAAAAUACAAAAUAAAAACAAAAAAACAAAAAAAUAAAUAAUAUUGUGAACAUGAGUUAUAGAGUCUUUGAAAGUGAGUCCAUUGGCUGUGGAAACAGUUGGAAGUUGAGGUAAGUGAAGUUAUCCACAGUAGUCCAGGAGCCUGAUGG